GAUGUAGUUCAAGGCAAUCAAUAUCUUUGUUACAAUUUUUAGUUUAUGUUUAAAGCCAGACUUUGAGCUUUAAGGUUGGAAAGAAUGAUUUUACCUAGGGAAAGCAUAGAUCAGUGGUUCUCAAAGUGUGGUCCACGGAUCACUUGUGGGCCGCAAGCAUAAGUUAGUUGGUCCGCAGCUGACAUCAUAUGUCAGCAAAAUGAUGUUUAAUUUGCCAGAUAUGCUAAUUAGUCCAGUAUUGAUUGCACUCGAGUUUUAGUUUUAUCGAUGGCCAACUGCUUGUUUGCAUAAAACUCUUGCUUACCAACUAUGUCACAUAGUGAGCAUUGCAUCAUUUGCCCAACUGCUUGUUCGCAUAAAACUUGCUUACCAACUAAGUCACAGCGCAAGCAUUGUAUCAUUUAACGGCAUUAUCUGCUACCCCUUAGUAACACAGUGUACUUUCUUAUUUGUAACUUUUAUGUGUACUUUGCGAAGCAUGUAAUUUUUAUGUAACCUUAUUAGCAUACUACCGUCGCAAAAGUAUAGUUUUAAAUUGUAAUGAAACAAAUGUGGCAAUUUAAAUUUGAAAUUCACAGUACAUAGUGAUUUUAGGCCUUGGUGGUCUACCAUAAUUUUUUUACUUUAGUAAAGUGAUCCGCAAUCCAAAAUACUUUUAGAACCACUGGCUUGGAGCGCAUUAGGGAGUGAUGUUUCUGCAAGCCUAAUGAUCAUGCUUUUUUAAUUGUUUCCAUUUGGUCUGCAAAGUACCCUCACCUAUUUCCUCUGAGCCCAUCUAUUCUUUCCUGCUAUAGGGCAGAAGUUCAGCCUUUAAACCACUUGAUGAAAAAAAAUUUUUUUAAAACAGUACAGGAUAACAGCUAGGACCUAUAUAUUACUGCUGGCUCUCAUUCCCAGAGUGCCCAGUCUUGAUUUUUGUUGUUUUUUUUUUUGUAUGCUUAGAUUUCAUGUCCUACUUGAGGUAUCAUGUAAUGUCUGAUUUAUUAUGUAACAGUAACAUUGGCAGACAAUUUCCUGAAAAGGAUUAAUAAAGAUGUUUUGUAUUUGUCUGUGCAUAAAUGUUUUAAUUUCCUUGCUGACUCCUGCCCCGACUAUUUCUCUGAAUUUCUAUUCACUUAUGUCCCAGCUAAACAACUCCGCUCUUCAUCUGACAACUGUCUCCUAACUACUACUGUCACCAGAACAACAACAUAUGGUCACAGGAUUUUUAGUUACCAUACAGUGGAACUCUCCAUAUCUGCCACCUACCCACUAUUGAAUCCUUUAUAUGUGCACUGAAAAUGCACCUCUUCGUUAAGCAUUACUUGUUCACUUUUCCACAAUGCUAGUUCUUUUUCACAGCCUCACUCCUUUUCCACUUAUUGCUUGUCUUUUAUUCAUCAUCAGUACUGUUAAUCUUUCCAUCGUUCAUAAAAUGUUGUUUGCCUGUUCUUCUGUCCCUUUUAUAUUGCCCAUGUCUCGUUCUUGUUCUUAAGCCCUUAGAGCAUGCUCUUUAGGAAUCAUCAGCAUGACAUCAGCACCAAAGCUGACAACGGUGCAGGUGCUGGCUGCCCCAGCCUGCAGCAUGUCACUUGUUGAUCUGGGCAAGCGCUUGUUGGAAGCAGCUAAACAUGGCGAUACCGAGUCAGUCCGUGCUCUCAUGUCAAAUGGAGCACCAUUCACCACAGAUUGGCUCGGAACAUCUCCUCUGCACUUUGCAGCACAGCAUGGCCAUCAUCAGACUGCAGAGGUACUCCUUCGGUCUGGCAUAAGUCGAGAUGCACGCACCAAGGUGGACCGCACACCACUGCAUGUUGCUGCACAGGAGGGCCAUCUAGAUAUUGUAGAACUUCUCCUGCAAAACUCUGCUGAUAUCGAUGCUAAAGACAUGCUCAAGAUGACGCCACUUCACUGGGCAACAGAAAAGGGCCAUCUGGGCAUCAUAGAACUCUUGCUUCGGUCAGGAGCAGAUCUCAGCUGUGAAGACAAGUUUGAUCGUACUCCUUUGGAUAUUGCCAUUGCCAAUGGACGUACUGAUAUAGCACAGGUGUUGCAGUUGGCACAACACACAGAUAUUGGCAAUGUUGAAGUUGACACUGUUACCAUAGAAACUACAGAACCAAUUAUGACAGAGACUGUGACAACUUCAGGAGUGAAGACAGAAAUAUCCAGUGACUCAGAGCAAAGCAGUACAUCUGUGCUGGCAACUUUAGCCGCUCUUGCUGAGGCUACUGGGCCUAUGAACUCUGCAAACACAACUGCAGAUGCUGUCAACUGGCUUGAGAGUCAGGGCAUCACUAUGAUAUCAACUGCUGAUGGUGGCCUUAUUACUUCUGCAGUGGAGAGUGGUCAGACCAUCACCCUAACUGAGGCUGGCAAGAUAGCUCUGAACAUCAUCCGGCAAGAUGCCCUUGGAGAUGUGUCACAUGAUGGUAGUGGACUGGAAACAGUAGUUGGAGAGGGUGGUCAGAAGGUGAUCACUAUUGUGGCAAACCCAAAUGCAGAGGAUUUAUCAGAGGAAACACCUGUCCUAGUCACAGUCACUGAAGAUGGUACUGAGCUACCUGUAGAGGGGGAGAUUGUGGAAGAGGCUGAGGGAGUGAUAACAGAAGUGACACCAGACAUGCAUCAUGCUAUGGAAGGAACCCUAAUCAUAGAGGAGGGAGAUGGUACAACAAUCACUGUUACCCAGGCAACAGAGGAUGAGAAUGAAGAUGAGGAAGAUGGUGACCUAGAGCGAAGUGCGCUGCGGCGGCAGCUGGAAGCGGUCCAGAGGCAGGCCGAGGAAUACAAGCAGCAGCUGCGAGCAAAAGAGGAAGAAGCAGAAAAAUUCCGCAAGCAGUUGUCUCAAAUACAGACAACAACAGAUGUGAAAGAUGUGGACUCCUCCUGAGAGUUACAGUGGUGGUGACAAUGUUUGUGCAUAGAACUUCAGAGAUAUUAACAAAGAUGGGGAUAUUCUUGAGAUGACCAUAUGUGCCAUGUCUUAGGAAUGGGUUCUGCCCCAGCUGUGAAACAAGUUACAUGCAAGCUGCUGUGUGAAGAAAAUGUUAGUGACUGUAAGGCAGUAUUUCUCAUAAAUUUCCGCUAUUUGCGUGCUGCCAGCUGAAGUGGAUGAGGAAUGGUUACAAGGCAAGUUCUUAUUAAUGUAAACUAGCAACCAUGUGAGUGGUUGGUGGCUGGGGUGGUACUAGAAUAGGUACAGACAAUAGUUGCCGAUAUCAUCAUCUAGUUUCCUUGUGGCUUGCUUAUUAAAUUGCGCUGACUCAAGGUGGCUUCGUGGAAAAGACAGUGCUCAUGCAGACAUGGUUUCUCUUUAUUCUUCAUUCCUCUUUUCUGUUUUUUUUUUUUUUUUUACCCCCCAAUGUAUUCAAGUUUUUGUUAGCUGACAUAAGUCUUUAAAGGUUCCAUGAUUUCCUGAUUAUUCACCAAACAUAUCUUUUUCAUGUUUAGCAUAAAGAGUAACUAGAAGCACACUGCCAUUUGAUCUAUCAUAUCUUCACUUAGGGUUUUGUUUAAAACACAAGAGUAUGAUUUGUGCUUUUUAAGUUUUGCAUUUUGAAAGUAAUCAUGAAAUGUCAUCAGUGACAUGAAAAAAAAUUUUAGGGGAAAAUUAGAGGCAUAGUUUUUCUUUUUUUGAACAUGCUGAGUUUGUGUAGUAGUUCCAUUUGCCCACUGAUUUUAAACUCAUGGGAAGACCUUGUGUAUGUUUUAGAACUUUCAGCCAUCUUAUUUUACAUCAUUUAAAGCAGCAUGGAAUAGGAGCAUUGACAUCUGCCUCCUCAAUUUUGAAAUAAAAGUAAACUAAAAAAUAAAGGCAUGGAAAGCUCACAGUUCCAAAAAUAAGCUACAGUAGCAAUGCUUCCCAAAUAAUGAUAAUUUCUCUGUAUGAGUUCCAAUAUGGUGGCUAGUUAGCUUCAGGUAGUCUUGCAAGGUCUAUCUAUGAGUUUCAGAUCCAUGCAUACACCCCAGAUUUUUACAUUCCAAAGUUCUAACAUCAAUUGCUGGUAAAUAAGUGUUGUCAGAACUGAAAUACUGUGUAAAGGCCUUUUUUUUUUUUUUUUUUUUUUUUUCGCCUUUAUGAAGGCAUGUUUUAUCUCCACUCCAGAAAUCUUUUCCACUUUAAAAUUUAGGUUUUUAGUUUUGUUUUUGAAUCUUUGUCUGAAGCACACUCUGUCAUUUGACAUAAGGCAGCCUGUUGAAUAAGCUCUAUUCUCAUUACAUCCCCCUUUUCUCUCUCCUAUGGAGAGAAUAUCCGAGAUACCAAUUGGUGUGCCUGUUUGUGUGACAUGCAUGUGCAUAAACAUUAAGAUAAAACAUGCUUAUAUAAAUGCUGUAUGGUAAAGUGCGUAGCUUGUGUUCUUAAGGGGCCAUAGUUAUGAAGCAAGAGUAAAUCAUUUCCCCAAGGCAAAAUGUCAAACUCAGUGAAAAGUGUCUCGUUUCCAAAGUUAUGAAAGUGUCCAGACCCCGUGGACACUACUUCAAGUUUCUUUAUCAUGACAUUGCUCUUUAACUAGAUCUUGAUAGGUAAAACAGCAUCUGCAGGGAAAAGUGCUGGACACCCAUUUUAUAACUUCAGGAAAGACAUUCGUCCUUCAGUUCCCCCAUGUACCCCAGAGCUAUGACUUACCCUUGCUUAAUAAAUACAGCUCGGUGUGUAUGUGUCCCCAGGUUUUCUUCCCAGUUCAAGUAUCCAUUUUGCAUGCUUUUGCAGCCACAUUAAACUGUGAUUUCUCAAAUAUUGCCUUCUGACACUUUAUUUAUAUCAACUGACUGCAAGGGAAUGAAACUAGGAUCAAAUAAAUUCCACUAGCUAAGAAUGACAAAAGAAUUUGAUCAAGAUAUCUUGCAUGAAUAUACAAUGUUCUCAUUCAGUUUUUUUCAAUUAUUUUCUUUGGGAUUGUCAAUACAUAAAGUGUGGUUUCUUUGGUAGGAAACCUUUUUCAAAAACCAAUAGUCCAUUGAUGAAUGAAUUUUUGAACCACGGAGAGGAUUGUAGAGGAUGUUUUGGGAGCAAUAAAAUAUUUUUCUACAUUA